AUGGCUCAGUGUGUAGCUGUAGUUCUAGCAGGCUGUGGCAUUUUCAACAGGACUAAAAUCCACGAAGCUUCUGCAGUUCUGGUGUAUUUAAGCCGAAAUGGAGCUUCUGUUAAAAUAUUCGCACACUGCAUUGAUCAGAUGCAUGUUGUAGAUCACCUGAAAGGUGCCCCCACCGAGGAGAAGCUCAAUGUGCUUGUGGAGAGUGCUAGACUCGCCCGAGGUGACAUUCAUGAUCUGCCUGAUCUCAAUGUAAAUGAUUCUGAUGCCAUUAUUUCACACAUGCUGGAGCUCACUCGGCGCACUCGCAGCCUGAGGCACACCUUCAGAUCUCCUGAUAUACCAGAAACUGCAGAAGCCAUCACCCAGCUGAGCUGCAAACACAUCUGCAAGAAUGUCAAUGAAGCGUAUGUGGAUGAGAAAAAUAAGAUUGUGACCACCUGUGUCUUUAUGUGCAUGGCACCUCACCACGAGAUACAAUAUUUGAUGGCACUGGUGUGA